UGCUCUCUCGAUUCACGGGCAACACACCGAUGCCCUCUCGUUGCCACAAUCACCAUUUGUUGACAUCAAACUGUCACUCUUUAAAUCCCAGAAUUCACUCCCAAUCCACCCAAUCCUCCUUCACCAGCUCUACACACUAAUUCUCAUUUUUUAGCGUCUCUUCACAUCCGUUAGUGCCACAUCAAAAGAUCAGACUCAGAGCUAUUAACCCAGUGCUUCUAGUGGAAUCAAGUAUUCAAUCCCAAAGUGUCAUGAUCUAAAAUUCAUGUCGGUGCAUGGUAAACAAUAAACAUGAAUAAAUAUUAUGGGGAUUGGAUAUUCUCCGAUGUGCAGUGAGAAAUUUGGCUUCAAUGUUUAUGAAAUAUGAUAUUAGAAGGCUCAAGGAGAUCAGAUAAAAAUAUGGCAGCGCCCAUGACCACAGCAUAAGUGAUGUUUAAAGACAUUUUUAAAUAUUAUAAAAGCAAAAAACCUCCACCGAAUUACGAGCAUGUGAUAGACGUAUCAAAUGGAGUUUCCGAACAGGUUAGAAAAGUACCUGUGCAGGGUAUGAUAGAGCCUGACUCCGAUGAGAGUAAACUUGGAUUGAAGCCAGUGGACUCCUGGGAGAUUUUUGAGCUUCCCAAAAUUCCAGGCCUAAUAUUCAUCAGGAAUCCUUUCACUCCGGCUGGACAACGCUACUGGAUCACCAGAUGCUUCAAGGAUUACUCGAGAAGGCCCAAUAAACUUAAUAUUGAUAUCCAUGGACUUUUGGAAGAAGAAGAGACAUGGUGGGACGUUUGUACAAGAGAUGAUUCGAGAGCUGAUCAUCUCAUCCCUAAACUACGAUGGGCAACACUCGGUUAUCACCAUAAUUGGGAGACCAAGCACUAUUCCGAAAAUGAUAAAACGAAAAUGCCAAUGGACUUGAAUGAAAUGGCGAGAGUUAUAACGAAAAUCCUUGGAUUCGAUGGAUACAGGGCAGAAGCUGCUAUUAUAAAUUUUUAUAGGAUGAAUUCUACAUUGGCUGGUCAUGUGGACCACUCUGAAGACAAUCUUGAUGCACCUCUUGUCUCUGUGAGUUUUGGACAGAGUGCUAUUUUUUUGAUUGGGGGUCUUAAGUGCGAGGAUCCUGCCCAUGCUAUUUUUGUACACAGUGGAGAUGUCAUAGUGAUGUCUGGAGAGUCCAGGCUGAGAUAUCAUGGAGUUCCGAGAAUUCUCAGGGCCCCGGAAAUCCCUUGGGAUGAUGAGCAAGUAAAGGGCGACCCAAUUUUUGUGGCGCAACACGAUUGGAGUAAGGCGAGGCAUUUUAUUUCUGAAGCCAGAAUUAAUAUGAAUGUCAGACGGGUUUUAAAAUUGGGACAAGAAAUAUUGAGUGAUAAUGAAGUGGGUGCAAAUAUUAUUUUAUAGAUAUGGAUAUUUUUUAUUCUAUUUGUAAAUUAUAUCGUGGAAGGAAUAUUUUUAAG